AAAUAAUAUUAUCCAUAAAAGUAAACGGUCUUAUUAAAUAUGUUGAUGAGUAGGAUUGUCGCCAACGGUCAUCAUAAAACUACGGCGGAGAUGUAACAGGCGGAGCUCCGGCGAGAAGAAGAAGAUGGUGAAUCCUUCUCUGAAUCUUCGUUUCACCGUCUUCCUCUCCUUCUCUCUCGCUGCUUCUUCCUUUAAGCUCUCGGCUUCUCUCUCCCCGUCUCCGGCGCCUAAAGCCACCGCCGCCGAUCUGCUCUCCGUCCUCGGACCAUCCUCUGCCGUCAAACCCAUCGUCGCUCAGGAACUCCGGUCUUGUCUCAAGUUUCUUGUUCCGUUCAAGCCGGGUAAGUCCGGACCCGAAUCAGGACGAUGUUCGCUCCGUAACGGGUUGUGUUUCGGGGAAAUCGACGCUGUCCGGAGGCCGAGCAGAUUCGAGGAGGAGAACGAGCUUGUCUGGUGGCCACCGAAUCGGAUCCUCGAGCUGGCUCGCCUCGCCGUUGUCUCCGGUGGUGAUCCCGACGCAAUCUAUCGAGCUCUCGAUCCGAAAAUUCUCCAGGUUCCUGAUGUUGAAGGUUCGGAAGAAGAUAGAUGCGAACUCACUAGAACUCCCUAUGGUUGGCGAUUCGCAGCGGAGGGACUGAAUUCAUAUUUUGAGUUCUUGUUUCAUCUCAUUGCAUCUAGGGGCCCCAAUGUCGGAUUGAAUGUGUCCCUAACUCGAUUUGAUUUGUUCCAUGGCCACCUUUUCCUUGCCACAGAAACUGGCAGGCUCGGAAUAUUGUUUCAUGCUAAAGAGUAUCCAGCAUAUGACAAGGAAGUAUUUCCUUACAACAUGGGUUAUUGCCAAAGAGGAUCUAAUGUUACGUAUGAUAAUUCAAUGAACUUGAGGAAUAUCCUCUGGCUCGCACCAUUGCCUAGUAAAACUUCUGAAGAUUGGCUUGCACCAGGUGUACUUGUGGUGCUGGAUGCCCGUCCGGGUGGAAUCAUUUUCAGAGAUCUAAUCCCCGACUACGUUAAAUUUGCGAGAACCAUAUACGAAGAUGAUUUGGGCAUAAACGUGGUUGACGUGAAUUUCUUGAACGUUGGAGCUCAAGAACCUGAUUAUCAGCUUUUCAUUUGCUGAAACUAUUCAUGUUUACACAAACAUUGGUGAAGCACUAAUGUGAUGAGAUUGUUAUCUGGGAACGGCAUGUAGUUUCGUUCUCCCCGUUGAAACCGGGAUGCAUUUCUUGGAGCAGUAGUCCGGUUGGGUUCGAGAAACGGCAAGCUGUUCUAUGAAGCAUCCGUUUUAUGAAUUGUCUUUCUCAUGAAUGGAAUAUGAUCUCAUGAAACUUGUAAAAUUGGUAAAAAAAUCUGUAGUUGUUUCCUUUUU